UCGACCAACGAAAGCAGCAAAUAAAUGAACCGGUUAUCAAAUAUUAUUAUGAUAUCAUCGAUUUGUGUAAGAAAUAUGAUCCACUUAUGUCAGACAAACAAAAAAUUCGUAAAUUAACCAAUGGACUUAAAUUGUCAUUAUACCAAGAAGCUAUUAAAGAAACUUACUCAACAUCAUUCGAUUUUUUGAUAAAGGUACAACAACUGGAAAAUAUUCAGAAGUUGAUCGAAUUACGACAAAAUCAAACAGCCCAAGUAUCAACCAUAACAAAUCGAGAAGACAAAUUAUCAUUAUCAACACAGGUACAUUCUUAUCAAAUAUCGAGUCGACAAUCGAACAAUUAUCCGACAAAAUCGACAUAUUAUUCUUCAUCGACACAAAAUGAUUAUCCAUAUCCAACGCAACAAUCGUUUUCACCAACAUCAAACCAAUAUUCACCAUAUGAACACUCUGAAUUUAAUCAGAAUCAACAAUAUCCAAUAUCACAGUUCUCUCAAUCGCAACACAUGUACAUUCCGGUAAAUGGUAAUCGAUUACAAUGUCUUUUAGAUACAGGAGCUAGUAAUACAUUUAUUCAUACAUCAACAUUAUCCCAUAUCAGACACAAUCCAAUUAAGCGAAUCAAAGGUAAGUAUACACUGGCAGAUGGAAAUACCACAGUCGAUAUCGAUGGAGAAGUCGAAAUUUAUAUUCAAAUAGGACACAUUAGAACGAAAAUUACUGCAUUUAUAUCAAAAUCUUUAUCAACAUCAUGUAUAUUAGGUCAAGAUUGGAUGAGAAAGUAUGCAGUCGAUAUUUGCCAAUCAAGUAAAUUAAUUAUCAUAUACACAGCAAGAUCAUCAGCUAUUAUAUCGAUGGACGAUAAUAUGGACAAACAUAAUUUUAACUUAAAGUUAGCUAAUACCAUAGUAUUAAAACCACAACAUGAAACAAUUGUUCGACUUAAAU